AUCAAUAGAGGAAAACCGUUACGCGACGCACAUGUGAAAGAACCUUUGUUAAAAUCAUCAAAUAUUAGAGUGUUAACAAAUGUACGUAGCUACUAAACCAGUUCACACAAAAAACGUGUUACACCUUUUUGUCCAUUUAGAAUCUGCUAAGGAAAUCAUCGGGUAUAUUAUUUACAGUCAAGAAAAUAAACACACUUGUGAUAGCAUGCCGAUGUGAGCUUAUUUAAAGUAAAACAUAUUUAUGUUGUUUGUUUCGUCAUUAUAUUGAGAGGAUCAAAUCCAUCGAGUGAUAUCCCACUGUUUACCGAUAAGUUUCCGCCAUAAUUUUCUGGAAAUCAAAAAAAUGGCGACAACCUGGCAAUAUUCACAGUCGUUUGCCGACACAAACCUUCAGAUGUUUGACAAUAACAUUCUCUGUGACGUCACCCUUAUGACCGGACAUGAUCAACAACCUAUACAAUGCCACAAAUUCAUUCUCGCAAGCAGGAGUCCUGUGUUCCACGCCAUGUUUUGCGGUCCACUUGCAGAAUCAAGUGGGAUCGUCAGCAUUCCGGAUAUUGAGUCACCUACCAUGGAUAUUUUUUUAAGAUACAUGUAUAGUGGCAAGGUAAACAUUGAUGAAGCCACAGUUCUGGAAAUGAUGUACGUGUCUAGAAAAUACGAUGUUUCUCGUCUCGAAUCCCAGUGCAACACAUUCCUUAAUGAAAUCAUGUGUGCCGACAAUGCAUGUACAAUUCUUGACCAAGCCAUUAUUUACGACAAUUUUGAGCUGAAAAGUAAGUGUUUGGCAAUUAUUAUUACCGAAACCGAAAGUGUUCUGGUAUCCGACGCCUUUAAACAAAUAUCCAAAGCCGGACUAGAAGAGCUUCUGAAAUGUGACAAGUUAAGUGCGUGUGAGCCUGAUCUUUACAUUGCAUGCAAAAAAUGGGCUACUUUGAAAUGUCAGGACGCGGGGAUAGAGGAAACUGAUGAAGCUAUCAGGAAUGAACUUGGAGAAGAGCUCAUUCGCCUGAUCAGAUUCCCCUCAAUGACACCGGAACAGUUCACGGAUAUUGUUGCAACUAGCACUGUUCUCAGCAAAGAUGAAAUGCUAAUGGUGUAUCGAAGUAUUAUUAAACAUGACAAUGUUUCAACGUUUAAAAGUGACAACAGGUACGUGAAUUUUGAAAAGCAUCCGUUUGUUAUGUUUGACAACACACUUAAAUAUAACGGACUAAUAGACAAAAUUUAUUUCUUCAAAGUGACAAAAUACUGCGCAAUAAGUCGUGUAGCCAUAUCGAUGCCUUGCACUGUCGGUUCUGUGAAUGGUACACUCGAAAUUAUGGUUAAUGGGUUAGUUGUCAAUGAGCAGGAAGUUUCGCUCAAUUAUAUGAAGGGAAAAAAACAUUAAGUCGUACAAUUACACAGACAGGUCCAUUUUCGUGUGGGGAAAACAUACGCGAUAAGAUUUAAAAGGAAAUGAGUUGCUGUGUUUAGAUGUACAUCAAGCCACAUAGAUAUGUUAAAACAAGAAGUACAUUUAUCGUUAAAAAUAGUGGAUGGCGGCGCAACAACUGAUUGUAAAUGUUAAUGUAUAACCAAAAACUAACUAUGAUUAUCAGAUGCCAGUACAUGCUUUAUGUUGAAGCUCAUCUUUGAAAUACACCAACUAAAAUUUUGUGAUCGAACAUAAUCCGUCAAGCGUCAUUUCGAUAUAUCAUAGGCUUCUGUGCGUUUUUGAUGAAACUGAAUAAGCAAGAUUCUUGGUUGACCCUCAUUUUGUAUCUGUAUAAAUGUAGUCGUGUAUGAUGCAUAUGUAAUUUGCCAGUGGUAACCAUAUAUUUUAAAACAUAAAGUAAACAAAAAUAUUGUUUGAUGCCACAUCGAUCAGACGUUUUAUAUUUGGUGUGUAACAUCGCAAAGUGGUUCUAAACUAGGUCUCUUGAAAUCAUGUGGAACUAGCCACUCCAUGUGGUCACGUCUUUAAUAUGGAUCACUUUAUAAGCAGCGAACAUUUUCUGCUCCCAAAACAUUACAAAGGUGGGCGACCUGUUGCCGUCUUUACCCUCUUGUUAUCUCUAUAUAUGUUUACAAUUUGAGCAUUAACAAGGUUACACUUAGAUUUAUAUGUGUGGUUUAUUAUAGUACGCUCAUAGGAAGCUUGUGUGAUCAAUUUUUGUCUUUGCCUAGAACUGUUUAGAUUUUUCAGUUCUAAGUAGAGCAACUUACGGUGUUUGGCCUUCUUGGUAUUAUUGAACCUGUAGAGUUCGACAGUUCGUUUACGGGAUUUUUUGGAUUAUUAAUUUGUGUGAGAUUUGUACUAUAAUUAUGCAUAUUUUUCAAGAGUUGAAUAAAACAUUGUUGGAAUGAAGA